AGAGGGGUAGGGGGUGGAAACGUGGAAAUGUUACUUAUAGUAAUUGUGUACGAGUGGGGCUACUUUCGACAUAAUAUCACAGGGACCCAGGUCAAGAUGAAGUGUGAAACCAGAAGGUCUAGUAAUCACCAGGCCUUCAUGUUUUGGUGUGGACGAAGGGGUCAAGGGGAGGGGGAAAACAAAGCCCCCAAAAAAUAAUAUGCUCUUUCAAGUUUAAUUCUUCUUCAGUUUAACUUUUUCAAGAAGAUGUGCGAUGGUUCUUCAGAUAAGCUGAUUGGUCAGGAGCACAGUUAGGUGUCAGUUGUAUACAGUGUGUCAUAUUGGUGUCUAGUUGGUCACUACAGAUUCAAGUGACCCUCUCUGACCUUGUAUGUGUUCUAAACUAUGUAGCAACAUCUGUGUAGAAAUUUAAGCCAAAUCACGCUUUAAAUGACUCUGUUAUAUAAAAAUAAGCAUAUAGUUUAAGUAGUGUCCGGAAGAACACGCUGUUUUUAUUGUGUAAAACCUCGAAAGUGUCUGCACAAUAAUUGUGAAUUGUACAAAAUGAGGAAAAGUUGACAACUCACUUCCUCUGGGUUUGCUGUAAGCCCUAGAGAAGGAUUGUAAACCUAUUUGUCUACUACAGUUUAGUGUGCAAUUCAUAAUUAGUUUCCAGUACGUGCACUGAGCACAUAUUUAACACUUGAAGUACAACUUCAAUUUAAAGGAGCUUUGGGUGCACAAUAGCUGCCACUUUAAUAUAUGGUGCAUUUUAUUUUCACGAAAAUUGAGUGUAAGCAAGUUCUUCAGUUUGAGUGGGAGUGACCAGUUUGUUUUUAGGUCCAUACCACUUAGUCAUUGUUCUUGGAGGUGCGCAAGGACUUGCUUCAGAUGAGAUAAGACCAAGUUUAAUAAUUUUACUUUCUGGUAACGGAUACCUAUUUUUUUAUUAGAGAAAUGUGUAGUGUAAAUUGAAAUAUAAAUACUGAAAUAGUUAUUUGUCAUUUAUUUAAUGAACAGCCUUCAGGUUAAGUAUGCUUAUUUGGUUUUAAACUGAAAUUAACAAUUACAAUUAUUUCUAUAUGUCAUUAUUGUCACUGUGUUCCUGUUUACGUAUUGCUGCACAGUUGAUAAUAUAGUUCAGUAGUGAUGGAACUUUAAUCGAAACCAUGGUUAAUUGUCUUCCAGAAUUCGCUAACCAUUCAUAUUCAUGCAGUUUCUCUGGUCAACUGCAUGUCAUAAUCCAUAACAACUUUUCUGUAGACUAUAGCUUCCAAUUCACACUGGCUUCUUGUCAAGCAAAAUUGAGGAUUUUGUGCAGCCUGUAUCUGCAACUUUGUAUUCUCUUACAGUACACCCUAGGUUGAUCUUUUGGGUCACCCUGCUAGAAAAGUCCAGUCAGUAGUAUCAGAAUUACUAUGCAUUCAAAAUCACAAAGGCCGAAAACAUGCUUUGAGCCAUACUACUUUGUGAUGUCUGUUCUGCUUCGUGACCUUGAGAUGAUGCUUUAAUUAAUCACACAUACAAUCAUUUUUGUCUUCCAAACCAACUCAAAUAAUGGGCAACUUCCUGGAGGUAGCACAAUUACUUGGGAUGUUUUUAAAAGCUUUUUGGAUAUUGGGGGUGUAAGAUACGCUGGUACAUCGGAACAAGCCCUAUUCAUUGUUGUCUUUUUAAUCUUUUAUAAACACUAAAGUAAACGUGUCUGAAUAAAUGUUCAAUAUGAAUGAGGGUCAGUGCUGCUUUAAGUAUAGUGUUUUUUUAUUUUUAGACUAUAAUGUUUUUUUUAUUUUUAUUAUCACUCGUCACAGAAAUUCCCCACACAGCUCAGAAGAACUGAAGGUUGGGCAUCCUCUGAUCCCACAACCAAACCAAUUUUCUCUUUUACACCCGAGGAACUCGAGAGUGGAUGUCAGUGAGCUUCCGACUUCUGAAGGACAGACCAUUCCUGUAGGUGACCACCAGAGCUCAUGGGGUGCCUGUCCAGUAGGGUUCGCUGUAUCGCGAUGAAGAGAAACUGUCCCUGACGGUUUUGCCUCCCUAACCCGUAGGAGCACCAGAACAAAUGCAACACUCCCUCCAGAAUCCCCAGCGAAGACUGCCAACUUCACACAGCCAGGACUCGAACCUGUGCUCCCCUGACUAUGACUCACCCUGCACACCCUGCAGGAGGCCAUGCUUUUCCCUGGUUUGGACUUAGCAACAAAUUUGAGUCUGAGUUUCCCUCAUCGUUAACCGGAAAAGUUGCUCCAGAGGAGUUCAAAGCCAGCAUUAACAGGGUUAAUAGCUGCUUAAAGAACCUUCCUGUCAAUGUGCGGUGGCUGCUUUGUGGCUGCCUUUGCUGCUGCUGUACUCUUGGCUGCAGUAUAUGGCCUGUCGUUUGUCUCGCCAAAAGAACACGAAGAUCGAUCGAGAAGUUGUUAGACUGGGAAAACAAUAGGUUAUACCACAAGCUGUGCUUGCACUGGAGGCUGAGCAAAAGGAAAUGCGAAACGAAUAACAUGAUGGAAUAUGUCAUCCUAAUAGAAUUUUUACCGAAGACCCCCAUCUUCCGACCAGACUAGCAUUUGAUCUAUUUGAGACUCUUUUCACUGUGUUUUCCUUCCAAUGGUGCCUUGCUUGGUACUGUCCUGGUGGUGAUAUAGAAACGAUCUGACAGAACUUUGUGGUUACAGUAGAAACGUUUACCACUUCCUACACUGCUUCCAAACCAUAGAUCCUCGAGUCUUACCCUGAUCACCUGUCUUGCUUUGUACUUGAACACACCCUGAAACCGAAUAACAGAAAAGGAAAACCUCCAGCUUCUGCUUGCCUGAAAACCUGUACAAAUCAGCAGUUGUUUAUUUGUUUGUUUGUUUGUUUGUUUGUUUCAUCCUUGUAUAAUGCUGAUUUAAAAAAAAAAACAGUAUCUUAGUAUGUCCUUAUUUUUUCCAUCAUGUGUUAAACAUUCCCAUUGUUAAAUGUAUCAAUGUAUUAUGUUAAAUCAAAGAGCUCACCUUUAUUUUAUAAUGAAUCUUGUCAGCUGGUUCUGCAAAAGAUCUACCUUAUUACUCUUAGAAAUGUAAAUGGUUUUUAUAUGGAAACAAAAUUAAUAGGGUUUUGCAUGUUUGUGACCAUUGCUGAGGCUCAGGACCGUAAAAUGCACUAGUGUUGCAGUCUAGAAUCUUUUUUCAGGUAGCUGCCAUAUUUAAUGGCCUUAUUUUGAUUAUUUCGUUUGCCUGUUUAGUUGUUGUUUUUUUUUUUAACAAGGGGGUGUACAAUUAUCUUGCAGAAAGAGAUGUUUACUUUUUACCAGUAUAAUUUAGUGUAUAUAUAGUAUUUACUGUAACGUAUUUGGGUUAUAUAACUAUGCCAUGGAAUGCGCUGAGGCAAACGCACAAUUGUUGAAAGGUCAAGUUAUGUAACUCAUCAAUAUUGUAACACAUUGAUCUAUUACUAUGCUCAAGCAUUUUGAAAUAUAAGAUAUAGUUACAUUUACUUUAAGGCAAAAACAGUGCCGCAGAAUGUAUUUUGUCUGUUUUGUUUUUCCCAGAUAAUGUGCAAACAAAUAUUUUUUCACCCCUCCAGUUUAGAUCAAUGUAUUUUUUGCUUUCUGUUUUAUAUGUUGGAUGUGUGGUAUUAACUUGGGAUAGGCCAGUAUUUUUUUUUUUUUUUUUUUUUUUUUUUGUAAUAUAUUUUGUAACAAACACUGUUGUGCUUAAAUACUUUCAAUAUGAAUUAUGAAACACCUUACAAAUGUGGAGAUGUCUAUUGCCUUUUAUACAAUACAUUAUUUCUUCAAAAAAUUCAAUCUGUAAUCUUCAUUCACUGUAAUAGUUAAGUUAAUUUAAACAUAUUUAUGCAAAAUGAUUUUUUUUUUUCUUAAACUAUACUUAUAAAGAGCAUGAUUCAUGCUUAUUACAAUGAAAAUAAAAAAAUCUGUUGGACAUGUAUAA